AUGCAAAAACUCACUCUUGUAGUCUUGGCAUUGUUGGCCAUCUCGGCAGGUAAACUAAUUUUAUCCCAAGCUUCCUUUAGAUUACUGUAGAAUCACAAAAAAGCCUUGAUUUUUAGUGAACGCCCAAUUCACGGGAGGCAGCGACUUCUGCACCGACGAAAAGAGCCUCGAAACCAACGUCGACGUCCUUCUGGAAGGCGGUGAGAGUUCCUCCGAGUCCAGCAAUGAAGGCGGCUCUGGCUCAGGAUCCGGCUUGGAAGAAGGCAGCACUGUUGCCGGCGAUAUCCCCGGUAAAUACUGUCUGCUCCUGAAAUACUUGUACGGACUCGCCAUCCAGUUCGAAGGAACCGCCGUCUACGAGCUGUGGCUCGAAUUCAUCGAAGAGCUUCACUACCAAAUUGUUCUUGACGUCACGUUGACCACUCAAGAAAAGAUCCAGUCUAUCUGGGCGCGUUUGGAUGCCUUCAUCGCCGUCCACGUCGAGAUCCAAGAAGCUGUCUACUACUUGUACAUCUCAGAAUGGGGAGGAUAUGUCCGUAACUUGGAGGCUGUCUCGGUCUCCUUCAGCGCCCAAAUCUCCGAAUCCAUCAUUGUUUUAGAGUCGUCCGGCAGCACCGAACUCUUCGACGCGCUUCGCAACGGAACCUCCGGCGAAUUGGCUACGCUUGUGGAGACGCUCAUCCAAGAGAUCACCGCCAUUCUUCAAGGAGGCUACUCUUAUUCUUACGAACUUGUCCUUAUCUACGAGAAGAUCGAAGCCUUCUUGGAAGAGAACUCACAAUACAGCGAAGAGUUGUUGUCCGUUGAGAUUGAGGGCUACGGAGUCUUCGGCGCCUUCUAUCAAGUCACCGCCUACUACUGGAGAGCCUACAACUUCCAGAUCGCGAUCGGCGGAGAGGCCAGUAGCACUGGAUUGAUCGAAGUCCUCACUGCGGCCUAUCAAAACACCUCCACCGGGUCGGUCUCGCAGAGAUCCCAGAUCAAACAGCUCGUUGAGAAGCUGACCGCCUAUUUCGAGUCCAACACUGACGUUUCCGUACGCAUUCAGUACGUCUACGAGCAGCUGUACCAAUUCCUCAUCCUUCAACAGUGGUCGGUCAACGUCCUCUACAGUUUGCAGAUUCAAGGCUACGGUGACAUCUACGAACUCAUCUACGCUUUCGUCUUGGUAAGGAUUGGAGGGAGAAGUGACUACUCAAAUUUGAAAUUUCAGAUAUUAAAUCUAACUAUAAUAUUUUAGGAGCAAAACCUGGAAAUUGACUUCUCCAACCCCGUAGUCAGCACCUCGACUGCCGCCGGAGCUGAUUGCAGCGACGUCCUCCAGAUCAACGCUUUCUCUUCCAACACCUCCGACCUUCUCACCUCCAUCGACGUCGCUCAGGAGUCCUGGAACGCCACCGAAAUCACCCGCUUCUCGGCCUACAAGAAGAGGAUCUACGUCGUCACCAGCAACAGCACCGCCACUUUGCAGGAGAAAUACAGCGCCAUCACCACCGUCGUGAAUGCCUGGACCACCAACACGUUCUACCUGAACCUCGUCAAGAGCAUCCAGAUCAUCCAAUGGGGCGGAACUGUGAGCGAAGCCAUCAGCUGCAACGCGUAAGGAGUACCCAGCACAUAAUCACAUGACGUAUCAUCAUACAAAACAGACGAUUAAUAAAGUUGUUUAGUCUAGACUCACUUAAUAAACUCUGGCAUCACAAUUACUGCGGAAUCGUUUCUUUUUUAUAGCUCUUGCCGCAGAAUAGCUUUUUCUGCCUGCUCUCUGUACUUGGCUUACUCUCUCGGCGAGAAACCAUGCUUAAUAUCUCGGCUGGGAUUUCAAAGUACGAGUUAAAUUAUGGGGUAUCCAUAGGCUGGUCAUGCAGUGUGUAAAUCUUUAAAACGACAUGUUAGUUGUAAUUCGAACACUUUCCUUGUCAUCGUUUAAUGAUUUCCGUCUAUUCAGCUAACGAAUUAUCUGAUCUUGAGUUUCAAGUAGCCGCGGCGACAAUCCGGAUCAAAGGUUGCUUUCCUCGGAAUUACUGAUCUUAUCGAGUAUGUUUCCAAGUAAUUUGGCGAGAGAACGCACUUUCUGAGCAAUGUCGUCGGUCAUGCUAAAGCUGUCAAGCCAAAAACGCGCUGUCGCUCUGUUGGGUGGAGCCCUUGUUGUUUUUGUAUUUGCAUUUCCAUUGUAAGCUUAGUUUUUCGGAAACAGUAAAGAGAAGGAUUAAAUAUGUUUGUUUUGUGACUUUUUUUUGGAAACACGAUUUCAUUUCAGCCUCACAACCAGACAGAAGGAGGUUGUUACAACAACAAGCGCCCCGCAGACUCUCCCACAAAUUAAUACCACUACUUCUACGACCACCACAACCACCACAACUGAGCCUCCGCCAGCAGUUGGGGAUGAUGAGUUAGCUGAUAUCGUAAAUUCGAUUCUACACAAUAAAAGCUGGUCAACUUUUCGUUUCCGACAUGAACGACCAUGGCUCAAGUUUCGGAUGGAGGACGGCCAAAACCGGAGCUGUGUGGGCAAUUUGGUCGCAGUCAACGCGGAGGCCAGCUUGCUGGGGCUGGAGCGGCGGAAUGUUUUGCGCAAAACGUUUCAGCGGUUUUCAGUAGGUCUAGAUGUCACCUAGAUCAUUUUUUAUGCCCUUUAGAUAACCGCAACAUAUCGCUUCUUCCUUGGAGUUUCUCCCUAUCUCGUCACCGAAGAAUUGCAGCGAGAAAUCCGCGAAAACGACGAUAUUAUCUUCGUUGACGUACCUGACCACAAUCGCACUCUAAAACACAACGCUAUAAUGCAUUGGCAGCAAAACUACUGCCCGAAUCCGUUUCGCUUGGUCGUGCAGAGAGAUGACACUGCAGUGUUGUUGAACAAGGUGAUGUACUACAUGUUUACGAGCAUUGACUGGGAUGACUAUCUUCUAUGCGAGCGGGCCAAAGGCAAGACGGACGAAGGAGUUUUCUUGGGCGUCUGCCGCGACAAUAUUAUGGUUUUCAUGCCAAAGGCGGUGAAGAAUCGGUUCUUUGAGCUGCUCAUGAACUAUGACUACGGCGACGAAGAUCGUGACAACGGGAAGAAAGUGGAUGAUUGGAAUGUCAAACAUUUCUAUGGGUUUGGAUCCACGGUAUGUUUAAAAAACAACGUUUGAUGCUUUGUAGCCUGAGAAACUCUGCACCAAGCCGUAUCAUGUCAACGACGGGCUGAGCACUAUGCCGACGGAGCUGAAAAACAUUCGGACGGGAAAGGAGAUGGAAAAGGCCUUCGAACGCUUGCUUUUAGCCAAAUGUUAG